CAAAAAUUUUCAAUUGUUAGCAUUUAUUUUUGUUACAUAAAUUUACAUAUGAUAAGCUAUCCAGUAUCCACACACCACGAAACAAUUUUCAAACUAUGGAGAAGCUUACUUUGUCUUUCAUCACUCUCACCGUUCUCUCAGCCAUCUUCACCGCAGCUUCAGCGGCCGAUGCUACACCAAGCCAAGUAGUCCUAGACAUAGCUGGACAUCCGGUUCAGUCCAAUGUCCAAUACUACAUCAUACCGGCCAAGAUCGGAACCGGAGGUGGUCUUAUCCCUUCAAACCGAAAUUUAAGCACACAAGACUUGUGUCUGAAUCUUGACAUUGUCCAAUCAUCAUCUCCUUUCGUCUCAGGCCUUCCCGUAACAUUCUCCCCACUAAACACCAAAGUCAAGCAUGUUCAGCUCUCAGCUAGUCUCAACCUCGAGUUUGAUUCCACGGUUUGGUUAUGCCCUGACUCCAAAGUGUGGAGAAUCGACCACUCUGUACAACUAAGAAAGAGCUUUGUAAGCAUUGGUGGUCAGAAAGGUAAGGGUAAUAGUUGGUUUCAGAUUCAAGAAGAUGGAGAUGCUUACAAGCUUAUGUAUUGUCCUAUUAGCUCCAUUGUUGCGUGUAUUAAUGUGAGUUUGGAGAUUGAUGAUCAUGGAGUUCGACGUUUGGUUCUUAGCACUGAUCAGUCUUUCGUUGUUAAGUUUCAGAAGGCUUAUGAUUCAAACUCCAACUGUAAUCUUAAGUCUAACUCGAGAAUGUUCCUUUUUCUCUAAGUGUUAAAUUUUGGUAAAUUGUUAUGCUUGAGAGUUGAGACAAUGCCAAGUUUGUGAUGUAACCAACGGUUUCUAUGAAAUAAAACGUAGUUAUUGUGU